AUGAGAGCGGUCAGCAUGAACUCUCCGAUAUCUUUCACCCCUGUAGUUCAGAGAAACUCAGAGUCUCAGGAUCUGGGUCUGAGAAGGCACCCCAGUGCCACCAGCACGGCCUCCAGCCGAACUCUUGUUCAUAAUCUCAUCAACACUGUCUUCUCCGCAGUGCAUUCAGAUCAAACUGCCAUGUUUGAAUCUACCACGGAUGUCACGACUUCAAGGAGGACGA